UUCACAGACUUAUCAAGAGCUCUUUGUAUCUACUCCCUUUUCAUUGUAUUUACUCUACAGUUCUACACUGUAGAGUCACACUAAAAUGGCUUCUACAAAAACAUUUUUUUCAUGUCUGUCUCUUCUCGUGGCUCUAAUCCUCUGCUUCUCACCCACCCACUCCAAAAACACUAUCGGCAAAGGCUACCGUUUGAUCUCAAUCGAAGAAUCACCGGACGGUGGUUUCAUCGGCUAUCUCCAAGUCAAACAGAAGAACAAAAUCUACGGCUCGGACAUCACCACCCUCCGUCUCUACGUCAAGCACGAGACUGAUAACCGCCUCCGUGUCCACAUCACAGACGCCAAGAACCAACGAUGGGAGGUUCCUUACAACCUCCUCCCUCGAGACCAGCCACCUCCGGUCGGAAAAGCCAUCGGAAAAUCAAGAAAGACUCCGAUAACAGUCCAGGAGAUCUCCGGCUCCGAGCUGACCUUCAGCUACACCACAGACCCGUUCAGCUUCGCCGUGAAACGCAGAUCCAACGGCCAAACGCUCUUCAACACAAGCUCAGCCUCAAACUCAGGCUUCGGUGAGAUGGUCUUCAAGGACCAGUACCUCGAGAUCUCGACCUCUUUACCCAAAGACGCGUCACUUUACGGACUAGGCGAGAACUCGCAGGCCAACGGGAUCAAGCUUGUUCCCAACGAGCCGUACACGCUCUACACGGAGGAUGUGUCGGCGAUUAAUUUGAAUACCGAUCUUUACGGUUCGCAUCCGGUUUAUAUGGAUUUGAGGAACGUUGGAGGUAAACCGUAUGCACAUGCGGUUUUGCUUCUGAACAGUAACGGUAUGGAUGUGUUCUAUAGGGGAACGUCUUUGACUUACAAAGUUAUCGGAGGAGUUUUUGAUUUUUACUUCGUCGCUGGGCCUUCGCCUCUCGACGUCGUUGAUCAGUACACUGCUUUGAUCGGACGGCCUGCUCCAAUGCCCUACUGGUCUCUAGGAUUUCACCAAUGUAGAUGGGGAUACCGUAACUUAUCAGUUAUUGAAGACGUGGUGGACAGUUACCAAAAGGCAAAGAUCCCUCUUGAUGUGAUUUGGACCGAUGAUGAUCACAUGGAUGCCAAAAAGGACUUCACGUUGAGUCCCAUUAGCUACCCACGUGCCAAGCUACUGAACUUCCUAGACAGAAUCCACAAGAUGGGCAUGAAGUAUGUCGUCAUCAACGACCCUGGCAUUGGUGUCAACGACACAUACGGUGUAUACAAAAGAGGUAUGGCUAAUGACGUGUUCAUCAAGUAUGAAGGAAAGCCUUUCUUGGCUCAAGUAUGGCCUGGCGCGGUCCACUUUCCUGACUUCCUCAACCCUAAAACCGUCGCUUGGUGGGGCGAAGAGAUCCGCCGCUUCCAUGAACUAGCCCCUAUAGAUGGUCUAUGGAUCGACAUGAACGAGGUUUCAAACUUUUGCUCUGGAUUGUGCACAAUCCCUAAGGGGAAAUGUCCAACCGGAGAAGGACCUGGUUGGAUCUGUUGCUUGGACUGCAAAAAUAUAACCAAGACGAGAUGGGAUGACCCUCCUUACAAGAUCAACGCCACUGGAGUUCAAGCUCCCAUCGGUUUCAAGACCAUCGCAACAAGUGCUUUGCAUUACAACGGUGUAAGAGAGUACGAUGCUCACAGUCUAUACGGAUUCUCCGAGGCCAUCGCGACGCACAAGGGUUUACUCUCUAUCGAAGGGAAACGUCCUUUCAUUUUAUCCCGGUCUACUUUCGUCGGUUCGGGUAAAUACGCUGCUCAUUGGACCGGAGAUAACCAAGGAACGUGGCAGAGCUUGCAAGUGUCUAUCUCAACGAUGUUGAACUUCGGAAUCUUCGGUGUUCCCAUGGUCGGUGCGGACAUAUGUGGAUUCUACCCACAACCAACUGAGGAGCUCUGUAACCGCUGGAUCGAAGUGGGAGCAUUCUACCCGUUUUCGAGAGAUCACGCUAACUACUACUCUCCACGACAAGAGCUUUACCAAUGGGACACAGUAGCUAACUCGGCUCGUAACGCUCUCGGUAUGAGAUACAAGAUCCUUCCUUACCUCUACACACUCAACUACGAAGCUCACAUGACCGGUGCACCGAUCGCUAGACCGCUCUUCUUCUCGUUCCCUGAGUACACCGAGUGUUACGGUUCGAGCAGACAGUUCUUGCUAGGAAGCAGCUUGAUGAUAUCUCCGGUUCUCGAACAGGGAAAAACCGAAGUAGAAGCUCUGUUCCCGCCAGGUUCUUGGUACCACAUGUUCGACAUGACUCAAGCCGUUGUGUCCAAGAACGGGAAGCGCGUGACUCUCUCAGCUCCGUUGAACUUCGUGAACGUUCAUCUUUACCAGAACACCAUACUGCCCAUGCAGCAAGGAGGGUUGAUCGCGAAAGAAGCUAGAACGACGCCGUUUAACCUCGUUAUUACGUUCCCUGCUGGAGCUUCUGAGGGAUACGCGACGGGUAAGCUCUACCUAGACGAGGACGAGCUUCCGGAGAUGAAGCUAGGAAACGGACAGUCCACGUACGUUGACUUCUAUGCUUCGGUCGGAAACGGGACUGUGAAGAUGUGGUCGAAAGUGAAGGAAGGGAAGUUUGCGUUAAGCAAAGGAUGGGUGAUUGAGAAAGUUAGUGUGUUGGGACUUAGUGGAGCAGGACAAGCUUCUGAGGUUGAGAUCAAUGGGAGUCCGGUUGCGAAGAUUGAGGUGAGCUCGAAGGAGCAUACGUAUGUUGUUGGGUUGGAAGAGGAAGGAGAGAACAAGAGUGUGAUGGUUGAAGUUAAGGGACUUGAGAUACUAGUGGGUAAGGACUUUAACAUGUCCUGGAAAAUGGGUAUUAGCGGUGCAAAUUAAUUUGAAUCAAUGAGAUUGAGAAUAGAGGUUUGUGUCUUGUCUUUUUACUGUUAGAAGAUGUUUUAGUUUGAAUAAAAAUUGCAAGUGAAAUGAAAGUAUUGUUUCUCUUU